AAAAAGCCCAAAAACACUACCAACUCACCAUCACAGAACACAUACAACUUUUCCAUAACAAAAACCAGAAGACGACAAACACUGCACAAAGUGGGCGAGAACUCAACCCUCAAGCUCAGUCACUUCGCAAUCUCGCUGUUCAAAGAUGCAAUCUUUUUCGGCAUUUUCAGUCCAAUCUCUCUUCUUCGCCUUAAUCUCUCUGAGGCUUGCGGAAAUUUCGUUCUGCCAUGAAGGGUUUUGCUCUGCACCAUCAAUCUUGAAUGCUCAGCCACUGUAUUGGAAAGUGACACAACCCACACUAUCACCUUCACAUCUUCAGGAUUUGCCAGGUUUUACACGCAGCGUCUACAAGAGGGACCAUGCUCUGAUAACUCCUGAAAGUCAUGUCUUCAGCCCAUUGCCUGAUUGGACGAACACGUUAGGUGCUUAUCUGAUUACACCAUCAAUGGGCUCACAUUUUGUUAUGUACUUGGCAAAGGUGCAAGUAAGAAUUUUCUUGUGCAUUAUUUCUCCAGAAAAUUCAAAAUCAGGGCCCCCACCAAGCGAUGUUGAGAGGUUUCUAUUUGUGCUUGGGGGUAAAGUGACUCUCACUGAUACAUCAGGCCUUAAACACAAGCUAGAGGUGGACUCGUAUGCUUAUCUUCCUCCAAAUGCAGAACAUUCGGUGCAGUCUGAUGCCUCUGCCACUCUUGUGAUAUUUGAAAGAAGGUAUGACUAUUUGGAAAAUCAUACAACUGAGCAGAUUAUCAGUUCAACAAAUAAGCAGCCUCUUCUGGAAACUCCGGGGGAGGUUUUUGAGCUCAGGAAGCUUCUUCCCACCUCUUUGCCUUAUGAUUUCAACAUUCAUAUCAUGGAUUUUCAACCAGGAGAAUUCCUCAAUGUAAAGGAAGUACACUAUAACCAGCACGGUCUGUUGCUGUUGGAGGGGCAAGGCAUAUACCGGUUAGGUGAUAGCUGGUAUCCGAUUCAAGCUGGUGAUACAAUUUGGAUGGCUCCGUUUGUGCCUCAAUGGUAUGCUGCACUUGGCAAGACAAAGUCACGAUAUUUGCUGUACAAAGAUGUGAAUAGGAAUCCACUGUAACGAAAACUGAUUAUACUUCGUAUAUUGAUGUGGUUGUGGUGGCGGUAUAUAUAAAAAACAUUAGGCAUCACUAGUUGCAGGAGGAUUAAGGUCUCAUUGGCCUCUUUGGUUUUUGGUUCUCUUGCACUUCUCUUUUGGCCAGUUCACGGUCGGAAUUUAUGAACCUUUUGAUCGAGAAAAUCGUAUGAUAGUUGUGCCA